GAGGGGCCGGGCGGGAGGACGGACAGACCCACGGACGCUCCACCGGCGGCACCCGGCCGGGCGGGCUGGGCGCAGCGCUGGGCGGCCCGGCGACGCCGGGGCCGGGCGGGCUGCGCGCCGCGGGGCAUGGGCGCGCCGGGGGUCCCCGGGCCCAGGCCGGCCGCGGCGGGGCUCCCGGGGCGCGGGGGCAGCGGCGGGCGGGGGUCUUCCCUGGCGGCCGCCGCUGAGCCCCCGCGGGGCCCGUGACGCCGCGGCCGAUGUGGCCCCGCGCGCGCUACGGGCCUGCACCGCCACCGCACAAAGACGCCUCAGGAGCCGCCGCCUGCACCCGGGCCGCAACAGCCGCGCCAGCCGGAGCCCGAGCCCAAACCCGAGCCCGAGCCACAGCCAGAGCCAGAGCCAGAGCAGGAGCCGCAGCCGGAGCCGGAUCCGGAUCCGUACCCGGAGCCGGGGGGCAGGAGGCGGCGCCCGCGGGCGGCCGGGCCCGGUAUGGAGAAGCGCGCGGCCGCGGGGCUGGAGGGCGCGCCGGGCGCCCGGGCGCAGCUGGCCGUCGUCUGUUUGGUGAACAUCUUUCUCACCGGGAGGCUCAGCAGUGCGGUUCCUGCCUUAGAUGGGCCGGCCUUUCUCGGCCUCGUCUCCCGACAGCGGCCUGCAGCGGGAAGCUGGAGCAGCACACGGAGCGGCGUGGGGUCAUCUACAGCCCGGCCUGGCCCCUCAACUACCCGCCAGGCACCAACUGCAGCUGGUACAUCCAGGGUGACCGUGGUGACAUGAUUACCAUCAGCUUCCGCAACUUUGACGUGGAGGAGUCCCACCAGUGCUCCCUGGACUGGCUCCUGCUGGGCCCAGCGGCCCCGCCCCGCCAGGAGGCCUUCCGCCUCUGUGGCUCUGCCAUCCCGCCUGCCUUCAUCUCUGCCCGAGACCACGUCUGGAUUUUCUUCCACUCAGACGCCUCCAGCUCCGGCCAGGCCCAGGGCUUCCGUCUGUCUUACAUCCGAGGGAAGCUGGGCCAGGCAUCUUGCCAGGCAGAUGAGUUCCGCUGUGACAAUGGCAAGUGCCUGCCCGGCCCGUGGCAGUGCAACGCAGUGGAUGAGUGUGGAGACGGCUCUGAUGAGGGCAACUGCUCCGCGCCGGCCUCGGAGCCUCCAGGCAGCCUGUGUCCUGGGGGGACCUUUCCGUGCAGCGGGGCGCGCUCCACGCGCUGCCUGCCUGUGGAGAGGCGCUGUGACGGCUUGCAGGACUGCGGCGAUGGCUCGGAUGAGGCGGGCUGCCCCGACCUGGCGUGUGGCAGGCGGCUGGGCAGCUUCUACGGCUCCUUUGCCUCCCCAGACCUGUUCGGCGCGGCCCGUGGGCCCUCGGACCUUCACUGCACAUGGCUGGUGGACACGCAGGACUCGCGGCGGGUGCUGCUGCAGCUGGAACUGCGGCUGGGCUACGACGACUACGUGCAGGUAUACGAGGGCCUGGGUGAGCGCGGGGACCGCUUGCUGCAGACGCUGUCCUACCGCAGCAACCACCGGCCCGUGAGCCUGGAGGCCGCCCAGGGCCGCCUCACCGUGGCGUACCAUGCGCGUGCCCGCAGCGCCGGCCAUGGCUUCAACGCCACCUAUCAGGUGAAGGGCUAUUGCCUUCCCUGGGAGCAGCCGUGUGGGAGCAGCAGUGACAGUGAUGGGGGCAGCGCGGGCGACCAGGGCUGCUUCUCGGAACCACAGCGCUGUGACGGCUGGUGGCAUUGUGCCAGCGGCCGAGACGAGCAGGGUUGCCCUGCCUGCCCACCGGAUCAGUACCCCUGCGAGGGUGGCAGUGGUCUGUGCUACACGCCUGCCGACCGCUGCAACAACCAGAAAAGCUGCCCCGACGGGGCGGACGAGAAGAACUGCUUCUCCUGCCAGCCCGGCACCUUCCACUGCGGUACCAACCUGUGCAUCUUUGAGACGUGGCGCUGUGACGGCCAGGAAGACUGCCAGGACGGCAGCGAUGAGCACGGUUGCCUGGCCGCCGUGCCCCGCAAGGUCAUCACCGCGGCGCUCAUCGGCAGCCUGGUGUGCGGCCUGUUGCUGGUCAUCGCACUGGGCUGCGCCUUCAAGCUCUACUCACUGCGCACGCAGGAGUACAGGGCCUUCGAGACCCAGAUGACGCGCCUGGAGGCUGAGUUCGUGCGGCGGGAGGCACCUCCAUCCUACGGUCAGCUCAUCGCGCAGGGCCUCAUUCCACCCGUGGAGGACUUUCCUGUCUACAGUGCCUCCCAGGCCUCUGUGCUGCAGAAUCUUCGCACAGCCAUGCGGAGACAGAUGCGUCGGCACGCCUCCCGCCGGGGGCCCUCCCGCCGCCGCCUCGGCCGCCUCUGGAACCGGCUCUUUCACCGGCCGCGGGUGCCCCGAGGCCAGAUCCCACUGCUGACCGCAGCACGCCCCUCACAGACCGUGCUGGGUGAUGGAUUCCUCCAGCCUGCUCCAGGGGCUGCCCCCGACCCCCCAGUACUGCACACGGACACAGGCAGCCCCAGGGUGGCCGGAGAUGGGCCCCCCAGUGCCCCAGGCCAUGCACCGGAGGUGGGACCUUCAGGGCCACCCUUGCUCUCAGGCCUGCGAGACCCAGAGUGCAGGCCUGUGGACAAGGACAGAAAGGUCUGCAGGGAGCCACUGGCAGACGGUCCAGCUCCUGCGGAUGCACCUCGGGAGCCCUGCUCAGUCCAGGACCCGCACCCCCAGGCCUCCACUGCCAGCAGCACCCUGGGCCCCCACUCGCCAGAGCCACUGGGAGUCUGCAGGAGCCCCCCGCCCCCUUGCUCCCCAAUGCUGGAGGCCAGCGAUGAUGAGGCCCUGUUGGUCUGUUGACCGCCGGGUUCGCUGGUGACCGCCACAGCCCCGCUUUGUAACCAGGGAAUACACAGUCAUUUCUACCCUG